AUGAAGGGCAUCAAAACUCUUCCAUUCUCGGGUAGUGCUGUCGAAUUGACCUUACUUGAUGGCGGAGGUCUCACUACAACAGACGACACAAAGAUCCACGCAGAUGGGCAUGACAGGCCAUAUUUCCUCUACAACUGGUGUUUUUACAUCCAUCAUAGAGCGUCAGGCCGCAAGAUCCUUUGGGAUCUUGGUAUUAGUGAUAACCGGCAAAUGUAUACCCCGUUCGUGUUGAAUUACCACUGGACGAGCUGCAAUCCAGUUGGACCACGUCGACGGCUUACAGAACAGUUGCAAGACAUUGGUGUGAAAACUUCGGACAUUGAUACAGUGCUCUUCAGUCACGCACAUUGGGACCACUGUCGUCCGAUCAAAGACGAAUUCCCCAACGCCAAGGUCAUCUUUGGCCGCGGGACAGCUUUACACUGCUCUCCAGGGCAUAUCCAGAAUGACGAAAUCCAGCCGAUGGUUCAAUGGGACUCUCGGAUUUUCGGCGAUGACAAAUUUCGGACGGAAAAUUUUCAAGAGCUCGAAGGCUCGUGGCAGUCCUGGGGACCAUUCGAAUCAGCACUGGAUUAUUUCGGAGAUGGCAGUCUUUGGAUCAUCGAAGCCCCUGGACAUAUGGCAGGAAAUCUCGCAGCAUGCGCCUAUUUAGAAUCAGGCGAACGCAUUGUCAUGGCAAGUGACUGCUGUCAUUCAAGGGAUAUUUUUCUUGGUCGCCGAGAAAUCGCCAACGUCAAAAUGGACGACGGAUCCCGAUUCUGCUUGCAUGAAGAUCUAGACAAAGCACUUGAUACGAUUUCCAGACUCAGAAAAGCAGCCGAGGAGUAUGGGAUGCACAUUGCGAUGGCCCAUGAUGCCGAGUUCAUCAAGGAUGGCAGCGAUGCUGUGUUGAUGUCAAUCUUACACCCCAUGUUUGAUGACACUGUCCUGAACAGAAUAAAAGCACACGGAAGGCCAUAG